AUGUCGGCGUUGCUACUGAUAUUUUUAACAGUCGUCCCAUUUGGAUAUGGGGCAAAGGAAAAACCGGAGCUUAGCGACGAAAUCAAAGAAAUAAUAGAGCAUAUUCACAACGAAUGCGUCAGUCAGACCGGGGUGGCUGAGGAGGAUAUAGCAAAUUGUGAAAACGGCAUAUUUAAGGAGGACAACAAAUUGAAGUGCUAUAUGUUUUGCCUAUUGGAGGAAGGGAGCCUUGUUGAUGAUGAAGAAAACGUCGAUUAUGACAUGAUGAUAAGCCUCAUACCUGAACAAUAUACUGACAGGGUCACUAAAAUGAUAUCUACCUGCAAGCAUUUAGAUACAAAAGACAAAAAUAAAUGUCAAAGGGCGUUUGAUGUGCACAAAUGUUCAUACGAUCGUGAUCCCAACUUCUACUUCCUAUUUUAA